GGUCUGGUCCUCAUUGGGAUAAUAUCGACUGAGUGACACCCCCUCUGACACCGGCUGACCGUUUUUUGUCCAGCUCACUUCAAUGAAAGGUGGCGCCGGAGGUCCGCAGAUGUGAGCGGUGCUGCGUGUGGAAGAAGCCGCCUGUUGGUGCUGUUCUGGGGCAUGUGGCUCAGAGGAAUGGGGCCGUCUUCCUCCCUGACCCUGGCCAGUCGAUGAAAAAAGCGACGGAGCGGUAAAAGGGCUGGGGAUGCACAACGGGACACAAGAAACACAGCCUCACGGGCAGAAAACCGGGAAUGCUGAAGCUGCUAAAACAUGGAGUCUGGCCUCCUUUGCGGAAUAAACCGUUUGUACGCUGAUGUGUCCGGUCAGUGAGUUAGUAAAAGCUAAAGAUUUUGUUUCUACUUUAUUAUUUUCGUUGAAUAACCGUCUGCGUUGAUACCACACAUCUGCAAUGAUGCGGGCUGUGGACCGGAGCAGGACCGCCGCGAUUGUACUCUGCCUUUUGGGAUACCUGGUCUCCAAAGCUGUCGCCAAAACAUUACCGGAGGACACAGCCGCAGAAGAGGUGACUCUGAAGGUUCACCUGAGCGAUGCCAGCACUCACCAGCCCCUGGGAGGAGCCACCAUACAGCUCUUCGCCAACCACACGUCUGUAACCACGGAAACCUCGUUGGCUGAUGGUAACACCUACCUUCGCUUCCCCUACCGUCUUGGGACACCGCUGGUUGUCACCGCAACUAAGCAGGGAUAUGUGCCAAACUCUGUGCCCUGGACUCCCUCCAGAUUGCCUGUGUUUUCCUCCAUCAGCCUGGACCUGCUCCCAGAAAGAGCCGCUACUCUGAUGGUAUAUGAAGAUGUGGUGGAGAUUGUUUCAGGCUUACAAGGUUUGCGACGUCAGCCCAGCGUUCAUUUCCAGCGCAGAGCUCUGAGUCUUCCUUCCAACACUUCUUAUGCCAACCUGACCGCUCUGCUCACCGUGGCCAGCUCCCCCUUGCACAUCCAGCACUUUCCCCACCUGCAAGUACUCAGCGGAAACGGCACAGGCACUGAGAAGAAGUUUGAGUUGACUCCCGUGGCGGCCAUUUCUGUUCAUCUAUUGGCCAGCGACGGCGUGGAGCUGCAGGUGAAUGAGCCAGUCACUGUGUCGGUCCCCCUGCCGGCUGACAGCGGCCUGAAAGAAAAUGAUCACAUCCCUGCUUGGAGAUUUGACCCGCGCUUGGGCGCCUGGAUAAAGAGCAGUUGGGGUCAUGUGCAGAGGGAGGGUGACCAGCUCAGUCUGACCUACAUUGCUCCUCAGCUGGGAUACUGGGUGGCCGCCAUGUCCCCACUACACUCAGGUCCAGUGGUUGCAAAGGAUAUCAGCACAUACCACACUGUGUUUCUUCUGGCCAUACUGGGAGGGAUGGCUCUCAUCCUGCUCUGCCUGCUCUGUCUCUUGUUGUACUACUGCAGGCGACGUUGUUUGAAGCCUCGAGGGUCUCACCGCAAGCUCACGCUGUCCUCCGGUCUGGACAGCAGUAAGAGGGACCAGGCCACCUCCAUGUCCCACCUGAACCUCAUCAGCAACGAGGUGCAGCUGGAACUUGUUUCCACAGCAACUGAGCCUGACAUGACCACACCGAUGCUGAAGCCCUCCUCAUACGAGCACCAAGACAAUCAGCGUCAACACAGCCUAAUCCAUCACGGCAAACACAGCCGCUCGUCUCUCGGCAACAACAGCCACCACGGCUCAUCUCUUGGCAACCUGACGCCUCGCAGCAGAGACUACCGGCAGUCUGUGGAAACGUUCCAAUUAAAGGCCGCCCUUUCAUCCGGAACAGACCGGGGCUACCGUCAAUCAUACACCUCUGUCUGCUCAUCCAGCAACCAGAUUUCAGAUGCGCUUUCAUCAGCCAAUCACGGCCAGUUGUCAGCUAACCAGCUGAGUAACGUUGGGAUCGUCGAUUGCAUCUCCCCUUCCUCUCCUCCUCACUCCCCGAGUAGAGGGGAUGGAGGUGAGUGCAGGGCUCCUGACUACCUUCUGUCCCGAUCUGUGGACCACCUGGAGCGCCCUAGUCCCCCGUCGCUCUCCCGGCCGGGCCAGCUCCUCUGCUGUGGGUCUGUGGACCUGCUGAGUGGGGGAGAAGGCUACCCGAGGGUGCGCCCCACACUGGUGAUCCCAGCACACUAUAUGCGCCUGCCUGGAGAGCACCCUCUGUCUGGUCAGGCCCUCCUGCUGCAGACUGACCAGCAGAGUGACCUGGAGACCAUCCAGGCUGAGCUCAAUGCUUCACAUUCCCAGCAGCCCCUGGGGCAAACCCCUACAGACUGCUCCCCAGGGCCCAGCAAGCAGGGUGAUGGAGAGGGGCUUGGCCUGUCAGAGUCUCUGUCUAUUCCUGCCGCUCUCGGGGAAACUGCUCUAGUGGAAAUAAACAGUGAGGACACCUUAUUGGCUGAAAAGACGUUAAUGGAGCUCAGAGGAGGGAAGCCUCUCCCUCACCCACGAGCCUGGUUUGUCUCACUGGACGGACGCUCCAACGCUCACAUUCGCCACUCCUACAUUGACCUCCAGCGGGCGGGAUGCCAAGGCAACGCACCAGCUGCAGGAGGUCAGCAGGGUAACAGCAGCAGCGGGAGGCGCGGCAACAGCAACGACGCCAGUCUGGACUCUGGCGUGGACCUAAAUGAGCCGAGAGUGGGGCGCAGGGGGAGAGACGUGGAGCGGGAGGAAAGAGAGAUUGAGAAGGACAGGUCAAAGGGCACGUCACCAGCCAUGUCCUACACUCAGCUGGUGUAUGUGGAUGAUCUGGAUCGGGGAGGCAGCGAGGAGGAGACACCCAAGUGCAGCCCUCAGGACAGCAAAACAGGACCCAUCCUGUCAGACCAAGCAGAGGGUCAGGGGCAGGGGAACGCAGAGGGGAAAAGAGUAGAGGGGGUACAGAUAAAAGAGGAACCCCCCUCACUUUCCUCCUCAUCGCCUGCUUCUCCUCCUCCCCUGCCGACACCAGAGGGAGUGACUUUCAGGACUGAUCAUGCGCUGCUGUCCGUCUCCCCAGAGGAUGAUGCAGCACAUGAAGACGGAGAGGAGGAGAAGAAGAGUCCCUGGCAGAGGAGAGAGGAGCGACCCCUGCUGGCCUUCAACCUGAAAUGAUCCAGAGAUGGCCCUCAUAAAGGAUAGGUUCAUAUUUUUUAAUAGAGUACUCACAGUCUCAUAUGUACACUGAAAAUGUUUUUUGUCAUUGUAAUUGUUCCUCUUGUCCAUACUGCCCCUGUAGAACUCUCCUCUGAAAACAUUUUCAAUAUAAACGAUGGAGAACAGACCCUGCUCCUCGCUCUGUGCAAAGACUGAUUUUUAAGUUCAGUACUUUAUUAUUCUCAAUAGGAAAUCUCAAAAAAAAAUUUACACUCAGUAUUACGUACAGUUUCCAAUAUCAUUAUGUCUGACAUCCAUCACAAAUCAAUGUCUACAAACCUGCAUAGAAACCACAAAAAGAUGCUUCAUGUUGCAGUUGUCAUAUGUCUGAUUUUGACUCACUUGGUGUGUCUAACUCAAGACAGCUGAAAACUCAUAUUAGCUUCAGCUGAACUUUAGAAUAAAGUUUUGCAAGGACUGUGGAUUUUGUCCCCCAUCUCUUAUUCGGAAAUUAGGAGGGGAGUCUCUUUGUGGCCGGUAUGAACAGGAGAAACUGUUUAAUUGUACAUAUGAGCAUGUCUGUUUGUUUUUGAGAUAGACUUAAAAACUGUGAACCUAUCCUUUAAUCACGACUCCCCCUCUGCUCAGACCAUAGCGUGAAGGAUAUGAGAAUUUAAAUUGAAGCCCUUUGUUCUUAAUAAAGCACUGAGAAAAUAUUUCAGCACUGGGAUCCCUUACAGUCCCGAAUGUGAAGGGAUGACUCAAAUCCUUCAUGAACUUCCAGCUUCCCUUCAUAAAAUGACCACUGUCCACUUUGUCAUCUUCACGACACACUACAUAAACAGACCACUCAUCAGGCACAUGAUGUACACAACGCCUAAAAUAGACUUUGGUGGCAAGAAAUGAGAAUAUUUUAUGCACAACAAAUAUAUGCCUUUUUAUAAAUAGCCUUGUAAGUGUAAAUGAACUAGUGGAAACAGAUGAUAGGUGGUUCUCACAAAUGAAAGACUACAGGAACCUUUUUUUUUUUUCUUUCCUUGAGCCAUAUUGGCCUCAGUCCACUGACAAAAGCUGGGAACACACCACACUCAUUGAAAGCGAUUUAGCCACUCUGAUUUUGAAGAUUGUGGUGCAGCUUUUCACUCAGUUUGGAAAUUAAAAGUCUUUUGAUGUGUUCCUAGGUUUAGUGAGACCAGCGGGUUGUGCACCUGCACAACAAUCACCCCCUGAUAUAAAUGUGUAAAUCCUGUACUUUGAAUGGUUUUGAUGGUAUGUUGCUAGAAUUUAAUCUAGCUCUUCACAAAGGUGUAUGGGUGUUUACAUGAACUCCACAGGCACUGAGGAGAUGAAACCACUAUCCGCUCGACGGCGUGAUUAGAUAAUGUGACACACCACUAUGCUGGUGGGUUAGGAUAUAAUACCACUACAAGACUGUAGUUCUACCCAAAAUAAUUGUGAGGUGUAAUAAUAUGAAGGGUUUUGUAAUUGUUGAACCACUGACUGGCAUAUUUUUUGCUCUGAAGGCUAUGCAUCACUUUUAUACGUCUGCUUGAGAUGCCUUUUUUUUGUAAUUUUAAUCACUAUGAUUUUAAUUGCCAACAUGAAGUAUUUUAUCCAAAAAUAGGCUAUUUUUGUUUUAUCUUCAAAUAUGUUAAGGGCUUGUCUUCUUCACCUGCCUUAUUGUUAGAGUUAUGAAAACAAACACACAUACUAGUACAUACAUUUGACGUGAAACCAAACUGUUUUUGCUUGCUGUUUCACCUUAAUUUCUACCAUUUCCUGAUGUUCCAAGUGCCUUUGAACAACCUGACUUCACAACAAGUUGUGGAACAGAUUACCUUAUUUAUUUCUCACCUUCUUUUGCCUUCAGCUUUCCUCCUCUACCUCAGCCCUCCCUUUCUCUCCCACUUGUGAAAGAAAGCAUGCAGUAAACUUUCCUCAGCACUACAAGCUACACUGCAGACAUCUCAGAAAAUGUCUACCAGCUGCUGCAAUUGUAAAAAUCCUCUACAGCAAUCAACAAAUAAAAAAAUCUUUCCUAGAGUAAGCAGUUAAGGAGUUUGCAGAAGUGUUCAGUGUAGCACAGGACACAUAAAGCUAAGUGCGAUUGUACGCAAAGCUAAACUGCAGGUCAUUUCAGUGCAUUUUCUUUGUUUUUGUGUUUUCUGGAGGGUGAAUGUUUGUCUCAAAUGGUUUAUGUGCACCUGGGCUGUGGCAGUGUCCGUCUGUGAUGCUGCUGGCUGUUGAGUUUGUGUUGUCAGAGUGUGUGUCAACUUGAGUUUGCUGAGAAAUAAUCACAUACAUCCACUCAAGGAUUAUAUAGUCGUAGCAAUCAUAUUACAGAGAGUGUAUAGUUCUUUCCUUUCCUCUACUUGGUCAAAAUGUUGUGUGAGUUGUUGUUGUGAAUGGCCUCUUCUCUAUUAGUAUCCCACAGCAACUUCCACUUUGGGGGUGGAGUUGCAUUACAGCAUCCUGAGUGUGUAAAUUGGUUGCUUGCAUUAUAUUUGAAGCCUAUUAUUCUGAAUAAACAGCCAAACUGGAA